GUUAGAUUACCACCAGAGGUCAAUAGAAUUUUGUUUAUAAAAAAUCUCCCUUACAAAAUUACAGCAGAAGAAAUGUACGAUAUUUUUGGAAAAUAUGGAGCCAUCAGACAAAUUAGAGUAGGUAACACAACCGAGACUAAGGGAACUGCAUUCGUCAUAUAUGAAGAUAUAUUUGAUGCUAAGAAUGCCUGUGAUCAUUUAUCUGGCUUUAAUGUCUGCAACAGAUAUUUAGUGGUCCUGUAUUACCAGCCAAACAAACAAUAUAAAAAGACAGAUGUGCAGAAGAAAGCAGAAGAACUUGAUAACAUGAAAGAAAAAUAUGGAUUGAGCACACCAGAAUUUAAAUAA